GAUCCUAGACAACGAAACUGUAAGGACCUAAAAAAUCAUCAAAAUGAGAGUAAUCUGCGUUUUACUCAUUGUAAUUGCGUUGUGCCGCGCCGCUCCGGGACCUUCGGACGAGAAAAUUGAAAUCUUUUCUGGAGUCACUAUUAACAAAAAUGCAUUGGGUGAAAAAAAUCUCAAUAUAAAAUUGGAGGCUGAAGAUCUAAAGGGUGCAGUGAAAACAUUCGAAGAAGCGAGAGCAAAAAUAACGAAAUACUCGCCACUCCUUGCUGGGAUUGGUGUUAAAGUGGUAGCAGUGGUUGGACUUCUGUUCGGAGCUUUAACCCUGUUGGUUACAAAGGCUCUAGUCAUAGCCAAGCUUGCGUUCCUCGCUGCAGCAGCUCUUGGACUCCAUAAAUACUUCAGCGGAGAAGGAUUCAAUAGCAUAAGCAAGGCGUCUGGUUUCCCUGCUUCGACACAGCAAUGGGCGUCACCGUCGGCCUCUGGUAGUUCCUACCCUUACGCCAGAUCAGUAUCUCAAGAUUCAAACGACCUGGCCUACAAAGGUCAAAUACCGUCUUAAUAUGGAUCAAUUUUAACGAUUAUUAGUGAUAUUAAGAUUUAUAUAUAAAGGGUUGUGACACGUUUCAAUGCUUUAAAUGCUUUGAUCUAAAGAAACUUUUUUUUUUUUUUAAUAAUAUACGUUUCUGAUUCAAGUUUUUUUAAGUUUGUUCGAUAAAUAAUAUCGUCACAAUGAAUGUUAUCGACGUUUUGAAAUACACACGUACACGUAUUUUAAAACGAAACGACGAUUGAAAUGAUUUUUAAUACGACAUCCUCAUAUGUUUAUUUUUAUGAUAUUUUUGAUAUAUUCGUAGUAUAAUAUAUAAAAAUAUCUUUUAUGUUAUAAUAGGUGAUUAUAGCUUUAAUACAGCUGAUCGGUAUGGUGCAAAUUGUGAAACGAUUUACUUAUAAAUUGUGCAUUUUAAUUUAUAUAUUUUUUUUAUUAUUUAUUGGAUCUAUUAAUACGUAAUUUAAUGUGUAUUAUGCAUGUUUGGUCGACACAGGGUAUGUUUGUUAAGUUAAUGGGCGCGUAAUAUUUUUAUCUAAAUUCAUACUUUAGUAUUUGAUGUGGUUUUGCUUUGACUUUGACUAUUUAUUAUGUUUUUCAAACAUGAUUCUCGUGUAGGUUAUUAUUUUAGUUAGAAUUUUAUAUCUUUAUAUUCCACUUACGGGUUUAUUUGUGUCAUUUUAGACCAAAUUGUAAUUAAUUAAAUUAUAGAAGACUGUAUU